AUGUCGCUCAACAUAUUCCCGGCGUCGCUCCACCGCUGUCCAAGUCUGCCUGUCUCAAUCCGGACCCAUAUACUACUGCCUGCCAGGUCUCAUACAUUCAUGGGCGCAUCAAUCGCAUGCCUGAGGGCCGGCGGGAAACCAAGAACAACGAGGAGCGCGGAUGAGAUCGUCGACAAGCACAAAGCGAUCAUCAUCUCUGGAUUUUGCGCCAUCGGAAAGACCCAUUUCUCAUCCACCAAGGACAAUCUGCAGCAGGGCCUCGGCAUGGAAAUCUUCGACUUAGACUCGAGCAGCUAUAGCUCGAAACCAGGGUUUCCAGAGAACUAUAUCGCUGAAAUCCGGAAGAGGGCAGAGAAGCCUUGCGUCAUCCUAAUCUCAACCCAUAGAGGCCUGCCUACGCAACUGGCGAGGGAGGGCUAUUACGUCGCCCUGGUAUACCCCGGAGACGGUCCGGAAGCAAAGCGAGAGUGGUUGCGCAGGCUCGAGGAGCGGGAGGAAGCAGGUAAAGACUCGCGCCUUUACAAAAUCACGGACGAGAACUGGGAUCUUUGGUAUGGGAGAACCGCAGGCGAGGAGAUCACUAGUAGAUGGACUCUUGCCAACGACCAGUACUUGAGUACUAUUUUUGACGACAUACAUACCGACUUCCGGAAGUUCAAGCGCCGCACACUCCAGCAAGACUGA